AUGAUGGAUUUGGACAGACUUCGCGAGGGCGAUUGGAAAGACAAAUGGAGAGCUGUGGCUAACAAAUAUUUGAAGUUACACGGAAAAACUACUAUGUCGGAUCAGGAUAUUUUCAAUGCGUACAUCCAUGACUAUCCCACUGAAAUCAAAUCCCUUCCUUGUGAAUAUAAUUUCCAACUUGGCACCCUCACCAAAUCAGACGAGCUUUGUGUGGAAACUCCACUGGCUCUUCAUUUCAAUUCACAAAACAAAACUGUUCGUAGAAACUAUGUGGUCUAUAAUGCCGUAAGAAAAGAAAUAGAAGGAAUCGAUGGAUCGGAUCUCAGAAGAAGAAGACGAUCCCUGAAGAAAAGAGCUCUUCCUUCUGUUAGUAAGACGGAUAGCAAAACAUUGUGUGAAGAAUACAUGCCAUUACAAAACUUUCGAACUUUACCAAAUGCUCUUGGAAGACUGAUGGAAACCGCGAAAUUGUGUUUAGUCACACAGUUCUCGAAAGAUCGUCUUGACAGUUUCAUUGAAAAUGCUAAACAUUGGAAGCAACCCAUUUCUGCUGCUAUCUACGGAACAGAUCAAGAUAUGAAUGAGAUUGUGGAAGCCGUGAAGACUUUGAACCGUCCGGAUCUGGUUCUUCACAUGGUAUUCAAAGAGCCGACUGAUCAGACAAUGUCACAAGAUAUCUAUCCAAUUAACUAUCUGAGGAACACUGCAAUUAAAUAUUCGAAUUGUGAAAAGAUAUUAAUGACUGAUGUUGACUUCAUGAUCUAUGAAGAUACCCAAGACUUGGUGGUUCAGUCAAAAGAUUUGAAGGAUAAGGAAGUCUUGGUGAUUCCGGCAUUUGAAACCGCCGACAACAAUAUAACAGAUGUCACCACUUUUCCUCAUACAAAAGAACAACUAGUAAAAGCGUUUUUCAAAAAGAAAAUAAAUGUGUUCCGUGGCAUCACGUGGCCAAGCGCACAUAACUCCACCAACGUCGCAGAGUGGAUCGUUGCCGAAGACGUGUAUUCAGUGAACUAUGAAAAAAACUAUGAACCAUAUUUUAUAAUCAAAAAAAGCAGCUGUCCAAUGUACGAUCAACGUUUUGGAGGAUUUGGAUGGAACAAAGUGACACACGUUUUGCAGUUGCGUAUGAUGAAUUACACAUUCAAAGUCUCGCCGACCAGUUUCAUGAUUCAUCAAAACCACAAUAUUUCCAACUCAUUGUUCCGCUGGCGUCAUGAUUCACACUAUCAGAAGUGUCUUCAUUAUCUGAAGAAACAAUUCGUUCUGGAAACUGCUGAUGAACUCGGAUUGGAGUUGAAGUAG